GUUCAAGGCUCUGUUAGUUCAUUGCUUCCCCUGCCUGUGUUUGAGACUCAUACUUGCGAAUAAAUCCUGAUCAUGAAGUGGCUAUCGAUUGCCCUGGCCCUCGUCGUGGUCGUCUCAUGCAUGGUGCCCUGGACAGUCGCCACGCCCGACCCAUCCCCCGUGGCUGACCCUAAUCCGGACGCUAGCCCUGACCCCUUCUUCUUCGGAGGUCGUGGAUUCGGUUUUGGAAGAGGAUUCGGUUUUGGAAGAGGAUUCGGGUUCGGCAGAGGAUACGGCAGAGGAUUCGGGAGGCGUGGUUUCGGGAGGCGUGGCUUCGGUGGGCGUGGCUUCGGCGGAAGAUUCGGGUUUUUCGGAUGAAGGUUUUCUCAAGUCGCACCUUAUGUUAUUGUCCUUUUGUUAUGGUAUUUGUAUUCUCUUGCCGGAAAUAAAAAUGUAUACUGAUA